AUGGCGGGCGCGCCCUCCGUGUGGGGCCGCAUCCGCGCGCCGGAGGCGUCGGCCAGCAAGGCGCCCGUGGCGCCCGAAGACGCGUGCCGGAUCUGCCUGGACAGCGUGCCGGCGUCGGUGCGCUUCCGGCCGUGCGGCCAUAGGAUGUGCUACAGCUGCGUGGAGAAGAACAGGGCGCGGAACAUAUUCCUGGCGGACAAGGGCGUGAAGUGCCCAUUUUGCCGGCGAUUCAUCGAGGAGUACGUGGCCACGGAUGGGGGAUCGGCAGAGGCGCUCGCCCUGCUGCAAGAUGCCAACAAGGCGGCGGCCGCGGCGGCGGCGGCACGCAACCCGCUGGCCGAUCAGAAAUCCCCGCGGAGUGCCCAGGACAUGUGCUGGGCCUACAGCGACACCCAGUGGCGGUGCCUCCCGUGCCGCACGCUCAAUCCUUACAGCGAGGAGGCAUGCAGCCAGUGCUCCAGGCGGAAGCAGGACUCCAUAGUGCCACCUCCACCGCCGAGGGGCAAGGAUUUAUCUAGAUACGAUACAAGCGAUUUCGUUGCAGUCUGUAAGGCUCAAUACCACCCGAAUCUGAAUGGGAUCUUCCUAGAAGCUGGUGUCCCUAUGAGCUGUGGCAAAGUCUCAGGUACGGAGGAGAGCAUUGCAUUAGCCCUCAGAAAGGGAGGCCACUUGAAGCUGGUACACGCUAUAAAUUCGAUUGCAGGUGGUGGACACAUAAAGGAACUCUCUCGUCAUUUCUUUGGAAACUAUACCCUUCAAGACCUGUUAGAAGCAUGUGAAAAGAUCCGGGAAGUUGCAAGGCAGGGAAGCAAGUAUGGUCUUGACCAAGAUCUUGUCGACGGCUUAUUGAGAAAUGGAGGAUCAUUUGGUGUUUUAUAUUGUGAGGUGUUGGAUGGCCUAGCUGAGAGUGUGAUGCAUCCACAAGCUGGUUAUGUCGUUCAAAAGGUGGUGUCAUUAUGCACAUUAGAGGAGCUGCUUGGCGUGUUUGCCCGCAUGCUGCCGCAUGCUCAAGACAUCACCUGCGACCCGAAAGGAGCACAUGUGAUGCUGAGAAUGGUGGAGAAGUUGAAUAUCUACUGCGAAGGAGAUGAGAAUGGUAAUGCUCAGUCUGCCCUCAACAAACUGUGUGGCUUCUUCUAUCAGGAUCCUCUCUGGUGCACGAAUAUAGCGAACACUUUGCUUGGUUCCAAGGUCUUAAUCGAGUCGCUCUGCGGUGCACUUCCGAAAUAUAAUGGUUUGAGGGUUGGGUCUCUACUGGCAUCUGUAGCAGGCGACCUGGUGUACAAUCAAUUUGGCCUGAAUACAAUUAUGGAACUUCUCUCACUGGAGAAGCCCUCUGCAAGUGACAUCUUGAGGGAUCUGGUCUGCAGCAUAGCACUUUCCUUGCAAGGGAGCUUUGGAAUGCAUGCAGCCAACGAGACCUUGCCUACCCAGACGUUAGUGAGCUUGCUCAUAGAACGACUUACUGAGGAAGGAGAGAAAGACUGGGUGCUUGAUAUUGUUAAGGAGUUAAUUUCCAAAGGGGACGUCCUCAUGAACUCUGGUAAGGGCUUCAAUCUGCUGUCUGCGGCUCUGGCCUCGGAGGCACUGCCCGUUCAAGCUGUGGACGAAGGCCUUACCAACUUAGAGACCAGGGGAUGCAACGUCGUGGAGCUGGAAGACACUCUGGAGUACUUGCGGGUACAGAGGCCGCCCUGCCAGAACCCACGUGGGCUUCCCUCCUCAGUGCUGACGCCAAUACUGAAGAGCCGCGUGGAGUGCGGGUUCCAAAUUCCACCACCGCCACCACCACCCCCCAGGGAAGUGGUCACCCCAAGAAAUCCAGUCGGGGAGGGCGUGAGAGGACCAAGCAGUCCUAUCGGCGAGGACACGCAAGGCCACACCAAACAAUCUGUUGGGCUCCAGGCCCAAGACAGCUGGACGGAUAAUGGUUAUCCAAAGGGGCUGCCCACUCCACCAGCUCCGACUCCCUAUGAGGAGGAGUCCCUGGGGAGCAACAGAGUGUGCUAUCAGCUCCCGGACAACCUGUGCAGCCCUGCUGGGUCGGUUGAGAGCGACACUGAGUCUGCACCUGCCAAGCUGGGCAGCCUCGCCAUCAGCAGCGAAGUGAACAACCUGUGCACGCCACUUGACCGCCUCUUGGGUCCCGGGUUUUCUACGGGAAGGAGGGAGCUGGGGAGCACAGCGCCAGAAACAUCGAAGCCAUGGGUCGACAAUUACUCAUCGAAUGCUGGCGUGCGUUUGCAGUCCGUGCCCGAGGAACAGCAGACUAACGAAAUUUCAUGGAGUGGCCAGAACCCGUUUUCUCAGGGUGAUCAGUGGUCGUGGAGCUGCCGAAACUGCUCUUACCAGCACCAGGGCGUCGAGGCGGAGCUGUUGCUUUGUGCAAACUGCUUCGCGUUGAAGGGCAGCGUGCCGAACUCUGCAGUGUAG